AUGACUUCCCUCACUCUCGCCACCUUCGGUACGAUCCUCAUCGACAACAUCCACCGCCCCGAUGGGAGCACCGAACGCCACCUGGGCGGGGGCGCGCUAUACGCCGCGAUCGGCGCACGCGUGUGGCUCCCCCCCGAAACGAUCCGGCUCCCCACUGGCUGCUCCAGGCGGGGCGUGCCGAAGACGACGACGACGACGACGUUCCUCGACGAGCUAGAGCGGUUCGGCGGGGUGAUGUGGGCGUGGGACGAGGAUUCGGAGGAGGCGAUGCUCGAAACGGAGAUUGUGUACACGCCAGGAGGCGCGCGGAGUUUCCGCUACCUCAACCCCCGUGGUGGUGGUGGUGGCCUCCAGCCAGUCGCGUCAUGGGCUCACCGCGCAGGAUACCUACACUUCUGCUGCUCGCCCACGGAUCUCUCCGCGUCCCUAUCGACUUUGCCGCCCUCAGCGCCGCGUCCCAAAAUCAUCUACGAGCCGCUCCCCCUCGCCUGCGGCCCUGCGCACCUCUCCGCUCUCAAGUCGGUCCUCCCCCUGGUCGACGUGUUCUCGCCCAACCAUGAGGAGCUCGCGUCGUUCUUCCACGAUGAGGAGGAGGAGGGGGAGUCCAUCGAAGCCCUCGUGUCGACAUACGCGCGACUCGGCGCACGGACCGUCGUCGUUCGCGCUGGUGCGCGCGGAUGCUUCGUCGCGAAUAUGGAUCCUGCACUCGGCGCGUGCGCGAAACGGUGGCUCCCACCGUACUGGACAGACGAGGCGUCGCAGAACGUCCGCGACACGACGGGUGCGGGGAACAGCUUUCUGGGGGGCUUGUGCGCCGGGAUGGCAAUGGCGCUCGCGGGGGAUGAUGUCUUUCUUGGUGCGGCGUAUGGUGCGGUGUCGGCGUCGUUUGUCGUCCAGCAGCCUGGGCUGCCGAGUUUGUUGUUCUGCUCGGGGGAGGAGACUUGGAAUGGGGAGUGUCCGCGGUGGCGGUUGGAGAGGUAUUUGUCCCGUGGUGAGUAUGGAUGGGCUCGUUGA